AUGUCUCAGGGUGUCAACCGUACACCACCCUCGGACCGCAGACCUGCCCCAUCAACACAAUCCAGCUAUUUCGGACCCUUGCCUCACCCGGCCGUGCGGCUCAUCAUCGGACAGCACUUCGACGAGGAUCUAGAAACCGGCUCUUGGGCUCUGUUCAUCGCCGCCGCUUUCUACGACAGCGACAACCGACGCCUCUGGCAGACCGAGAUCCUCGUAGGCCAAUUCACCUAUCUGGAUCAGUCCGGCCGGGGUCCCCAGAACAGCCAAGAUCCCGGUGAAGUGCCUCGACGGACCUUAGUCACUCGUGAGUCCCCCCUGGUGCACCCGGCAUGA